CUCUCCCUCUCGGUCCCGGGCCCAGGGCAGCCCCGCAGCCCGCCGGGACGCUCCGCCGGCGGGGGGCUCCUUUCGCCGGGACUCCUACGUCUGCCGGGUCGCUGCGCGGCCCCGACUUGGCUUUCGCCACUCUCCAGCCUGGACGUUCGUGCUGCGCGUCGCCGAGCGGCGGGGGCGGGCGGAGCUGCGCCGCUGUUCCCCUGCGGCCGGCAAACUUUGGUACUUGCUGCUGCUUCGAUACUGCCAGCAGAAGAGGGACUGUCCCGCCAGCGCGGGGCCUCGGGGCUGCAGCUGCAGGCGCGGUUGGAGACGGGCCCGCGCUCUCUGAUGACCACCAAUGUUAGCGGUGGGGCAGAUGGAUGCUAAUCGCCAGAGCGCGUUCGUCCUCAGCAGUACGCCGCUGGCCGCGCUGCACAACAUGGCCGAGAUGAAGACCUCCCUUUUCCCCUACGCCCUGCAGAACCCCUCCGGCUUCAAGGCGCCGGCCCUGGGCGGCCUCAACACGCAGCUCCCCUUGGGGACGCCGCACGGAAUAAGCGACAUCCUGGGGCGGCCCGUGGGCUCCGCCAGCAACCUGCUGGGCGGGCUGCCCCGCAUCAACGGGCUGGCGGCUUCCGCGGGAAUGUACUUCAACCCCGCCGCCGUCUCCCGCUAUCCGAAGCCGCUAGCGGAGCUGCCGGGGCGGCCGCCCAUCUUCUGGCCGGGAGUGGUGCAGGGCUCUCCCUGGAGAGACCCCCGGCUCGCCUGUCCCGCUCAGGCGGGGAUGGUUUUGGACAAGGACGGCAAGAAGAAACACUCGCGCCCGACUUUCUCCGGGCAGCAGAUUUUUGCUUUGGAGAAAACCUUCGAACAGACGAAGUACUUGGCCGGACCGGAGCGGGCCCGCCUCGCCUAUUCCCUCGGGAUGACCGAGAGCCAGGUGAAGGUCUGGUUCCAGAACAGACGGACCAAGUGGCGGAAGCGGCACGCGGCGGAAAUGGCCUCGGCGAAGAAGAAGCACGACUCAGAGACGGAGAAGCUGAAGGAGAGCUCGGACAAUGAGGACGAUGAGGAGUACAACAAGCCCCUCGACCCCAACUCUGACGAUGAAAAAAUCACGCGGCUACUGAAGAAGCACAAACCCACGGCCCUGUCCCUGGUGAGCCCCUGCAGCACCAGCUCGGAUACCUUGUGAGGGCCCCGGUGGCAUGGCAGAGCGGUGUGUUGUACAGCCCAAGAUGUAUGUGAGAUGUAUAUAUUUUUUACAGAAUAAGUUAUGAAAUUAUUUUCUCUCUCAUCGGUGUAAAUUUCAGAGGAAUUUUUCCAGCGUUUUGGGGUUUUGUUUCGUGUCCCGUUGAGGUUUGCUCCUCUUUCUUUUCACCUUCUUGCAGAUUUCCUUCUCCUAACAAUCAGAUUUUGUUACGUUUUCUAUGGGUCGCCAAAUCCAAGCUCAGCCACUUUGUAUAUAGUAAAUUUCAGAUUUUGUGCUGUAUAUUUCUAGUGUAAAAAAUAGCUGUUUUCUUUCAAUCCCCCCUCUACUAUGUGUUUUGGCGGUUUGGUUUCUCCUGCCUCCGGAUUUUAUUCUUAAUAAUAUCAAAAGAGAGAAAACAACCCAAAAAAGCACUAGAGGAAAAUGGACACUUGAUUUUACAUUGGGAUCAAAUAAUGUCUCCACGCGGGUUGGAAAGACUUUGUAUAAAUCAAUAAAUUAUUUAACAAGCUUC